UCCUGCUUCAAACAGGCGCGCAGUUUCCUUUCCAGCUCAGCUCAGUUCUCCAGCGCAGCCACCGGCUCAUCAGCCCAAGUUUACGCACAGGGAUGCGGGCGCGUGGUGCCGCCUGAAAAUGGCUCUCUUUAGGAUUUACUCUUUCCUUGCUUCUUUUCACAUACUAGUGCUGUGUCAAGCCUUGAGGAAUUAUCCUGAUAAUGAAGUUACUCUGCUUGACUCCAUGUCCGCCCCAGGUGACCUGGGUUGGGAAGCGUAUCCAUCAGAGGGGUGGGAGGAGAUUAGUGUUAUGGAUGAGAGGAACAUACCUAUGAGGACGUACCAGGUAUGCAAUGUAAUGGAAGCCAAUCAGAACAACUGGCUGCGCACUGGACUGAUUCAACGAGAAGGUGCUCAGCGUGUCUAUGUGGAGAUCAAAUUUACUCUGCGUGACUGCAACAGCCUGCCAGGAGUCCCUGGAACCUGUAAAGAGACAUUUAACGUGUACUACCAUGAAUCCAACAAUGCAGUUGCUGCACCUUUGCGGCACAUUCGUGAGAGCCAGUACAUCAAGAUCGACACUAUAGCAGCUGACGAGAGCUUCACACAGACAGAUGUUGGGGAUCGUGUAAUGAAGUUAAACACAGAAGUUCGAGAUAUCAGCGGUCUCAGUAAGAGGGGCUUGUACCUGGCAUUUCAGGACCUGGGUGCGUGCAUUGCUCUGGUGUCCGUGAGAGUCUUUUAUAAACGCUGUCCGUUGGCGGUGCUCAAUCUGGCUCGGUUUCCAGACACUGUGACAGGUGGUGAUUCAGCGCUGGUGGAAGUGCGUGGGACUUGUGUGGAAGAUGCAGAAGAGCUGGAGGGACCACGGAUGUUUUGCAGCGCAGACGGAGGUUGGCUGGUGCCCAUCGGUCGCUGUGUUUGCAGGCCAGGUUUCGAGGAAGUGGAUGGACACUGCCAACCUUGCCGGUCAGGCUUUUACAAGGCCUCAGCUAUGGAUGCGUACUGUGUGAAGUGUCCUCCACACAGCUACUCUCACCAGGACAAGGCCUCCGAGUGUGUGUGUGAGCGAGGUUUCUAUCGAGCAGAAUCAGACCCUCGCUCUAUGGCCUGCACAAGACCACCUUCAGCACCAGGAAACCCGAUUUCAAUGGUGAACGAGACAGCGGUGACCCUGGAAUGGAGUCCUCCCCGAGACAGUGGUGGACGUGGAGAUGUCAGCUAUAGUGUUCACUGCAGAAAGUGCUCUGGAGAAACUGGGGCAUCAGAGAGGUGCGUUCCCUGUGGCAGUGGUGCACACUUCAACCCCAGACAGUUCGGCUUGACGCACCCCAGAGUUCUGGUCACUGAACUGCAGCCUCACACCAAUUACACCUUCAGCGUUGAAGCCCUGAAUGGAGUGUCAGAUCUGAGCCCCAGUCCACGUCAGCUGGUGUCUGUCAACGUCACUACCAGUCAGACAGUGAGCGUCAUCUUAAAGGAAAGGAAGGGCACUGAUAGUGUGACGCUGGCAUGGCAGGGUCCAGAACCUGUUGACGGGACCGUGGUGGAAUAUGAAGUCACCUAUUAUGAAAAGAACCAGCAGGAUCAGAACUACACUGUCCUCAAGACCAAAUCCAACAGUAUGACGGUGGACGGGCUUAAACCUGGAACUACAUACAUCUUCCGGGUUCGAGCACGUACUGAUGGUGGAUAUGGAAACUAUAAGGGAGAGAUUGAGUUGGAGACGAGCCACGAGGACAUGCUGGCAGUCGGAGAUCCAAACCAGCAAACCAUACUGGCUAUUUCAGUGGCCGGCGGUGCAGUUCUUCUGGUCCUGCUCGUUGCCUGCUUCAUUGUUAGUGGACGGCGCUGUGGAUAUAUAAAAGCAAAGCAAGACCCUGAGGAGGAGAAAAUGCAGUUUCAGCAUGGACGAGUCAAACUUCCUGAAACCCGUACGUACAUUCACCCGCAUACAUAUGAAGACCCGAACCAGGCGGUGCGAGACUUUGCCAAAGAGAUUGAAGUCUCCAACAUUCGCAUUGAAAGAGUCAUUGGUGCAGGUGAGUUCGGCGAGGUCUGCAGUGGCCGUCUGCGUCUGCCCAGUAAAAGAGAGAUCCAGGUGGCCAUCAAAAGUCUGAAAGCCGGAUACUUAGAACAGCAGAGACGUGACUUUCUGAGCGAGGCCAGCAUCAUGGGCCAGUUCGACCAUCCCAACAUCAUUCGACUGGAAGGAGUUGUCACCAGAUGUAAGCCUGUGAUGAUAGUGACAGAGUACAUGGAAAAUGGAUCUCUGGACACUUUUUUGAAGAAACACGAUGGGCAGUUCACAGUGAUCCAGCUGUUGGGAAUGCUGAGAGGAAUCGCCGCCGGGAUGCAGUACCUCUCAGAGAUGAACUAUGUGCAUCGGGAUUUGGCAGCACGGAAUAUUCUGGUAAAUGGAAACCUGGUGUGUAAAGUGUCUGACUUUGGACUGUCACGCGUACUGGAGGACGAUCCUGAAGCGGCGUACACUACACGGGGUGGAAAGAUUCCCAUUCGCUGGACAGCUCCAGAGGCCAUCACCUACAGGAAGUUCACCUCAGCUAGUGAUAUAUGGAGUUACGGCAUUGUCAUGUGGGAGGUGAUAUCCUAUGGGGAGCGACCAUACUGGGAAAUGUCCAAUCAGGAUGUGAUAAAAGCUGUAGAUGAAGGCUACAGGCUUCCGGCCCCAAUGGACUGUCCGGUGGUGCUUCACCAGCUCAUGCUCGACUGCUGGGAAAAGAACCGUAGCGAUCGGCCCAAAUUCGGGCAGAUUGUCAACACUCUGGACAGGCUGAUCCGAAAUCCCAGCAGCCUGAAGCAGCUGGCCAACACUGCAGUCUGGGAGGAUCCGGUGACUCCUGAGGCGGCGGUCAGCACAGUUGAAGACUGGCUGGACUUGAUUAAAAUGGGUCAGUACAAAGAACACUUCUCCAGCGCCGGCUACGUUACCCUGGACUCAGUUCUGUAUGUCAGCAGCAGUGAAUUGGACAAGAUGGGUGUUGAGUUGGCAGGACAUCAGAAGAAGAUCCUGUCCAGCAUCCAGUGUCUUCAGGCACAUCACGGGACUCAAGUUCAGGUAUAGCGGCUCACCUCAAUGCUCUCGACCCGCUCCGCUUCCACAGAGAAGGAGACCGGAAGCCAUCAAUCCUGCCAAACGGAAGCGUCUUGCUGCAAAACGACUCUUGUCUUAUCUCUCUACCAGCACUGAAGUUCAUCAGCCCUACAGGAGAACGGGCCGGUACCUUCCCCUUUUUUGUGUGAUCAGCAUCCAGAUGCUUAUAGACUUGAAAAAAAAAAGUGGAUCCAAGGACAAGAACCGACAUCGGUGCACUGUGAACAUCACGCUCCAGUCCUCAGUGUACAGAAGAAAAAAAAAAACCUUGAGAAGAAACACCGAAUGUGUCUUGUGAA